AUGGCAUCCACGUCGGGGCUGCAGCGUCGGCGGGGGGCAGGGCAUGCGUCCCUGUCCAACGAGCUAGGCGACGAGGAGAUGGUGGAUGGUGUGCGUAGUCUGUCGGGGCAGCGCAGCGCAGCCGCUAUCGAGCGGUCGUCCGGGUCAGGCUCGCUGAACCGCAUCGAUCCUGGGUCCGGUCACCAGGUCGCAUACGAUCCACGCGAUCUGAUGGACGCGGGCGAGGAGCGGACAUGCCCCCGCCUUACUCUCAUGGAAGAGGUGCUGCUUCUGGGACUUAAGGACACGCAGGGCUACCUUUCUUUUUGGAACGACAAGCUCUCGUACACGCUGCGUGGGUGUAUCCUCAUGGAGCUCGCGCUGCGGGGGCGCAUUGGCGUAGCUAAAGGUGCUGAUCAGCGGCGCGAGGAUGUGAGUGACUCGCAUAUCCGACUGUACAAUGCCAGGCCUACAGGCGAGCCGCUGCUGGACGAGACCCUGCGCCACAUACAUCAGUCGCCGCCCACUAGCAUUGUAGAGUGGGUCAACCUGCUAAGCGGCGAUACAUGGAACAUGAUGCGACUCAACAUGCAGCUCAAGCAGGUGCGUGAACGACUCGCCAAGGGUCUCGUGGAAAAGGGGGUCCUCUGCACAGAGAAGCGCAACUUUCUCCUAUUUGACAUGCCGACGCAUCCCGUGGUGGAUAUGAGUGCCAAGGAUGCCGUGCGGCGCCGCGUGUAUGCCCUCACGCUGUCACAAAAUAUACAUGGGCCCAGCCUCUACAAGGACGAAAAGGAUGGGAGGGCAGUAGCCCUGCCCGUCACACGGUCGCUCUGCAUGCUGUGUAGUGCUCUCAGCGCGGACGUGCUCGAGAAUGUGCUGCGGCACUUGUCGACGCAGGUGCGCGAUCAGGCGACGGCGCAUGUUGACGACCUUCUUAGGGCAUUUGCACAGUGGCCCAUGGCGCCAAAUACACCGGGCGGAGGACUACCGCCGCGGGGCUCCGUUGAGACGCCCCAGGUGCGGACGGCCAAGGCGCCCUCUUUCCUUGCAAAACGGCGCACACCCAGCAUGGGUGUGAGUUCUACAGACCUUGCUAAUGCGAUGCGCGCAGAGUACGAACACGGGGGGGUCGAGUCGGCCUUUGAAGUGAUCGCUGGCGUCCUCCAGGUAUUGGCGCGCAUGGAGUCGCUCGUAUAG